GUGGUUAAGCAACUUUUGGACCGCGAAGACGUUAACCCUAACACAGUAGACAAGAAGGGUAGGACACCCCUCAACUGGGCUACAAUGAAAGGGCACGAGUGUGUGAUUAGGCAACUUUUGGGCCACAAAGAC